AUGCAGCUCCUCUCUACCUUAACUAUUCUCGCCGCAGCCGCACCUCUUGCCAGUGCAUGGACGCUCAGCUUCUACGAGGGAAAGGAAUGUGAUGGCAGAAACGUUGCAGGCAGAGGUGAUGACAAGUCCGUAGCCUAUCUAGCACUUAGAUAUCUUGUGUCUUUGAAAGCACACUAUGACCGGUUCUUCUUCGAUCAUGUCAACCGCCAUCUCAACCAGAAGCCUACCAGACGAAGGACCCAUGAUUGGCUCGAUGGUUACGAUCUCUCGUUCGAUUCGCCUCUCAUGUCAGACCUUCCGAAUGUUAAUAAUAUUAACAAGGAUACUUCACCAUGGGCUCCUUUUCCAAUCGAAAUCGAAUCCACCGGAAUAGCCCGUCUGGCUGAUCCAGAUGCCGAGACCUUCGGUAAACGGGGUAGUGCCGCCACUACUGGUGCCUAA